AUGCCUCAGGCAUCAACCUCAUUCGAAGACCACGACGCCGCCCAGGGCUUCCAACCAUUUCGCGAACGUCAAUUAUUAUCUUACUCGUUGCUUCAAGGGACCGUCUCUGCGAUGAGCUUCCCACCACCGCACGGUCACUACCCCUAUGUCCCGCCCUCUUAUCCUCCUAAUGGGCAGCAUAUCCCACCCCAGUUGCUGUACAACAAUGUCGCGCCGAAUCCGCCAUCGCCGUAUAACGCCGGCUAUGGCAAGCCGGGGAUGUAUCCCCAGGCGAUGAUGCCGCAAUACCCUGCCUACCCCCAGCAAUAUAAUCAGCAGCAGUUCAAUCAACAACCACAGUUACAUCACUCUCCGUCUCAGCACCUCCAGCAAGCCCCUCCGCGGUCUCCCGCGCAGUCGUUUCCGCAGUCCCAAGUCCCUCACCACCGACCCUCAUCACAGCAAGUACCACACGCUCAACUGCCGUCGCAAUCACCCCGACCUCCCCCACCGCAGUCGCCUGUUCGGCACCCACCACCAGGGCCGCGCCCGCCUCCACCUCAGCAAGAAGAGCUCCACCAACAGUUCGUGAACCCGGCUCAGCUGUUCGUCCAGCCGCCUCUCCCGACUGCUCCUCGAUCUCGAUAUACUCAAAUCUCGUUGCAAUAUAAUGAGCCACCCAUACCCCCCGCUGCGACGGUCACUCCCCAACCACAACCUUUUCCGACCACCUCUCCGGCUCUGUCGCAAACACCCGCACCUCCGAUUGCCCGCCCCCCUUCUGCGACCAUAACGUCAAACAAUGAGGAUAGGUCACAACAGGCAAACGCAAAUGCUCUUCAGCCAUCGCCCAUUAUUAAGGCCGAGCUGGCGCCCAAGCCUUCCCCGAAUGUGGAGUUGAAGAAAGCUCCACCCGUCCCUUCACCAUCACCAAAGAUCGCUCCGCAGAUCGUGGCAGCUGAGAAGCCGACGAAGCCUACAAAACCCCCAGUCGAUUACCAGGUUCUGCUGCUGUCUUUGGCCGAUGAGUAUUUGAAUGCUGCCCACAACUACGGAACGAAGGCGGCGCUGGCGACUCGGGAAGCAGAUGUGGAGGAAUAUUACAAGCUAGUUGCGACAGGGCUUGGCUGCUUGGAAGCGGUGCUCAAGAAUUGGCGACUGCAACCUCGCAAAGAAGCUCUCGUACGACUUCGCUAUGCGCGCAUUCUAUUUGAAGAAACGGAUAACGAUAUCGAGGCGGAGACAGCUUUAAGCAAAGGGAUCGAUCUUUGUGAACGAAAUCGCAUGCUCGACUUGAAAUACAGUAUGCAGCACCUUCUAGCACGAAUGCUUCAUAAGAAGAACCCCAAGACUUCUCUGAAGGCUGUCGAUGGCAUGAUCCAAGAUGUAGAGGCAUAUCGCCAUGCCGCUUGGGAAUAUGCAUUCCGUUUUCUUCGAGUGACACUUUCGCUGUCGUCUCCGGCACACCAAGACUUUGUGCAAGCACUACAGCACCUUCACAAAAUUGCAGCUAUGGCCAGUCGGAAUGGUGACAAGGCUGUCUCGGCCAUGGCGGCUGUCAUUGAAGCCCUAGCGCAUCUACAGCAAGGGACGAGCUCGGACUCCAUCGAGCAGGCACAGCGAGCGGUGGCAGUGGCACGGAGUCAUCAACUGAACGACGAACUUCGUCACGUCCCCCAGCUGACGACCAUUGUGCAGAUGGUUGAUAUCUGCUGCAGCCUUUUGGAGUACGACGUAAACCAGUCCGCGCAAAAGCUGAAAGCCAUGCAAACGCUCAUGGAUGAGGCACUGAGCGAUACCACCAACUGGAGCUCUGAUGGCUCUUUCUCCAUUCCACUGAGUGGCAAAUCAGCUGGGCCAUCCUCAAUGGAUACCGGUGACAUUUUGCAGGUCCACAAUGGAACGCUGCUCCUAAGCUUCAACUGGCUCCCGCAGCAUGAUCUUUACACCCUUUGCUACUUCAUCAGUUCGAUCACCCUGAGCGCCAAAAAUUCUUACGAUGGUAGGAAGGCAGAGAAGUAUCUUGACGAAGGGCUCCGGAUGGUUCAAGGAGGGUUCAAGGUCCCACAGGAGAUCUCAGAAUCAAUGGUUACUGCCAAUCGACGUGUGGAGUGGCGGCAGGCCCUUCACUGCAAUUUUCUUCUGCAGCGGAUCUUCCUGGCAUGUGCUCGGACCGACUGGGAUCUCGCUAGUCAAACCCUCAACAACCUCCGACAACUUGCCCACGAGCUCGGCACCCGGCUUCCCGACAACGUCGAGUGUCUGAUGGAAUAUGCGGCCGGCACCAUCGCGCAGGCAACUGGAGACAUCAAGGCAGCACUGGCAAUUUUCCAGUCGCCAAGUUUGUCGCUAUCGCCUUCCUUCAGCAAAACGGCGCGCAAUGAUCCCCGUCGUGAUGCAGGUAUCCUCGCCGCGCUCAACACCGUGCUCAUCAUCCGAGAUCCAACACACCCCUCACAUCACCACCUCCCUAACGUCCUGUCCACCCUCGAAUCCUUCUGCCAAGGCAGCUCGAACAAAUAUAUCCAAGCCGCUUAUUAUCUCAUCUGCGCAACCGUUCACACAGACUCCACCAUUCAGACCAAACAGUUCCUGCAGCACGCCCUGCAGUCCGCCACGGCUAUCAGCAACAACCAGAUCACCUGCAUGACACUCACAUUUAUGAGCUGGAAAUACUUUCGAGGUGUGGUCGGCGAGCAAGCAGAGAAGAGCGCGCGAGCUGGUCGUGCUAUGGCCAAGAGAGCCAAUGACCGUCUGUGGGCCAGCGUGACGGAUGAAAUGCUUGCGGAGACCCUUGAGCGCCAAGGUAAAAGCGAAGAAGCUCAGAAUGUUCGGGAGGAAGGCCAUCGGCUGACGAUGGGAUUGCCGCCUGCAUUGAGACGGCCAGCCUAA